UCAGACACAUUGUGUACCGGCAUAUCGCCGUCAUGCAGCAGCGCCCGCGGCAGGGCGACGCCGCGCCGGGCGGCGGCAGAACCAGCGCGGGGCCGCUGCCGGCGGGCCCGCCCGCGGCCGACCCAGUCAGCGAGAUCACGCCGCUCAUGGCGCCGCCCGCUGGUGCUGAAGAGGUGCCCCCUCCGAGCUACCUGCAGCGCGCGAGCGCAGCUGGGCUGGCGGCCGCGCCCGCGGGCCCGGGGUUUGGCUCCCGCCCGACCGGCGCGCUCUACACCUCGUCCGCGCCUCCUGGGCCCGGAGCGCCCGAAGCCGCCGGCUACUGGGCGCGCAUGAAGGCCAAGGCGCAGGUGCAGAUGGCGGAGCUGGGCGCGGCGGCGGCGGCGCAGCGGGGAGAGGCGUGGCGCAGCGCGGCGGGCAACUUGCAGGCGGUGCGCGAGGCAGCGCAGGAGGUGGUGGCGGAGCGCCGCUCCUGGCGCGAGCGGUCCCGGCGGCUGUGGGGGCUGCUGCGGGCGCUGGACAGCGGGCCGCUGGCCAAGUGGGCGGCGAGGGCCAUGGUGUGCGCCUGGUACAUCAACCAGGUGGCGGAGGCGGUGGAGGUGUGGGCGCACCUGCGCAACGCGCCCAUGCGGCGCCGCUGGGCCGACGACCCCGAGCCCAAGCCGCCGAGCUUCCCCCUCCUCAUGGUGACGCUGCUGCUGCCCUGCGCCGUGCUGUGCGCGGCGGGCGUGGCGGUGCCGCUGACGGGCGGGGUGUUACUGGCACGCAGCGUGUGGGAGGACGCGGCGCUGAGCGGGCGGCAGCUGCUGGCGGUGCUGACGCGCGGCAGCCGGCCCACCGAGCUACUGGCCAAGCGCCUGGCCAUUAUCGGCGCGGCGCUGCUGGUGCUGGCACACAGCGUCAAGGACCGCGCCCGCCUGCGCACAUACGCCGGCGUGCUCCUCCCUGACGAGCCGGCGCCCGAUGAGCGCUCGCCGCCCAGCCGCCGCAAGUCCGUCGCGCUGCUCGCCGGCCGCCUGCUGCUGGCGUGCCUGCUCCUGUUCGCGGGCUGGUCACAAGUGAGCCGGGUGGCGGCACGCGGCGGCGCGCUGUGGCAGGCCUCUGCCUCCACGCCCCGCCAGGCGGCGGCGGCGGCGCUGGACAAGGCGGUGGAGGCGGCGGCGGCGGCGCAGGCGGGCGCGGCGGCCAAUGUGGCAGAGAAGGCGGCGAGGGUGGCGGAGGCGGCGGCGGGAGCGGCUGCCACGGCGGGGCUUAUGGCGGGUGGCGCCGCGGGCGCCGGCGCGGGGCUGGCAGGCGCGGGGCUUGGCGCCGCGGCGGCGGUUGGCGGCUUGGCGGCUGGCGCCGCGGGCGCUGGCGCGGCCGCGGCAGCCAUGGCGGCGGGAGCCGCGGAUGCAUCUGCCGAAGGUGGCGGUGGCUUCGGGGCCGUGCGACACCACUACGGCGUGCCUGACAGCCACGACAACAACUGGCAGCUGUUGGAGCUGGCGCUGAGCCUGCCACUGGCGCUGGGCUGGCAGACCGCGCUGACCUGCCGCGCGCUGGCCGCCGUGCUGCUGCUGGAGGCCGGCACGUGCUGGCCCUGGUGGGCCUGGUACUGGCCCUCCUGGCACGCGGCGGCGCACGCGCGGCUGCACUUCUUCACAGACGUGGCGGUGGCCGGCGGUCUGGUGCUGCUGCAGUGCCUGGGCGCAGGGUGGUUCACGGUUGACCGGCUCGUGGCGGCGCGCAAGAACCAGUAGCCGAGCAGGGAGGGAUAGGUAAUGAAGCGCAGGCGGGGAGUGUGGAUGCCGUGUGUGCGUAGUGCGCAAGAAUGGAAGGGCGGGUUGGGGUGGCUGUGUGGUAUUGAGAAGGAGGGGACGGGUGGCGCCGGUGUGUUGAAUGCGGUGAGGUGAGGUGAGGGGGUGGACCGAACUGCAUGCGGGCGGCAAGCCCCGGCUGCUUGCCCACCCUGUGCAUCUGUCGCAACUCGCGUGAUGUUGCGCAUCUGACGGCCUGGCGCAAACGACUCAAGUUGUAAGUGUCCGUCUUG